CAUUACUUUGUGAGCAGUGAUAGUGUCGUAUAAUGACUAUAUGAUUAUUGUCAACUGGACCGUCUAAGAGCAAGGAAUGAGGAAAUGAGGAAUAGGAACAUUACAUUUUGCUGAAGUAAAUGGAUCAAUAAAAAUGGCAACGCAUAAACCAGACGAAACGAGUUCUGACGUCUCCCCGCCAUCAUGCGAUGGGACUUCACCAGGCACUUUCUCAGAUCUGGAGCUCCAUGUGAUCUCGCAGAAGAUCCCCCGACACCACUGGGAAGAGUUGGGCCUGCGUCUUGGAUUCACAGGUGUGCAGCUUCAAUGCUUUCGUGACGACAAUAAACAUGAGUCACCACAGAGGGCGAUAUACGACAUGCUGCAUCAAUGGAAACAGAUCAAUUCAGGCGGGGAGGAGCAGCGAGAGGUUCUGGUACAAGCCCUGCUUGAUACACGGUUGAAAGAAGUAGCAGAAUCCAUAAUUGAUGGAGUAGUCCCGUCGCACUCACUUGACUUGGAUAUCGAGCAGCUGAGAAAGGAACUGAUCCAGUUCUACCUGUCGGACAUGUGCAAGAUCAAGUUCAUUCCUUGGGAUGAUGAAUCGUACAUUGACCUCCAGAAGUUCUACGUCCGGCUGUCCCUUGUCCUUCAGGAUUCCAGCAUCAUAGUGAACGGACCAAAGACACUUCGGCCCCUCCAGGACUCUCAUGAUGGCAUAUUCUCUUUGGCUGGUAAUAGUCAGUCCGAAAGCAGGCAACCAAUGAGAUUGCUCUUAGAGGGUGAAGCAGGAAUGGGCAAGACGACUCUGAUUGCUAAACUGGCCUACGACUGGGCAACACAAGCCGAUUCCUCACCGUUGAAAGACAUCCCAUUGUUCAUCGCCAUCCCUUUCAGGGAGUGGAAACCCGAAUGGACUAUCGGGACUGCUGUCCGAGAAUGUCUCCUGGCAUCGGACAGUACAAUCACAGCUAGGCAGAUUGAUCACUACAUUAAGACGAAUCCUGAAGCUACAAAGGUGGUCCUAGAAGGAUACGACGAAGCCAAGCUGAGCAUUAACGAUAAGAAAGCUUCUGGUUACAUUGGCCGUGUCCUGCGGAACGAAGAGCUACGCGAAACUCAGAUCCUUGUUACGACCAGACCAUGGCGAGUAGUGGACUUUAAAGGCUUUAUUCGUACUUACACCAGGAUUGAAAUAGAAGGGUUUCAGAAGGAAGAAAUAGACAAGUAUGUCAAGUUCUUUUUCAAGGGGCAGGAUGAUAAGGAAGAGCACGUGUUGAAGUAUAUUUGUGAGCAUCCCGUGGUAUCUGGGUUUCUGUCAGGAAUACCGUUAUUUACAGCGAUGCUUUGCGAGUUGACCAAUGAAGUCCAAACCACUGUUGAUGAUCUUGAUGAGUUUAAUACCUUAAGUGAUCUCUUCAGGUAUUUCACGAGUUAUCUAUGGGGCCAGUACAGUACGAAAUCAAACUAUGCACGAUCCCACGAGGAGAGUGAAGAGGCAUUAACCAAAUUACUCCUACAUCUAGGGAGAGUAGGUCUUGACGGUCUUUUCAGUCCUGACAAGAAAUUGUUGUUUGAUUCAUCGGAUUUCAUAUUCGCCGAAGGAGAAGGAGAGGAAAAGUCGUAUAGUCAAGAUGUAGAAGAAAUGGCUUGCAAGGUUGGUAUUCUUUCCAAGCAUCGCAGGCAAAUCCAACUGAAGAACAAAGUCAGACAGAGAACUGUCACAUCAUCUCAUGCCGUAUCGUUCUUUCACAAACUUAGCCAGGAGUACUGUGCAGGUAUUUACUUAGCACACCUAGCCAAAACAAAUGGAACAACAUUCAGUAAUUAUCUUCGGAAAAUAUGUAGCCGCACGCAACUGCUCGAGUAUAAGAAUGUUCUCCUUUUUGGCUGUGGGGAGGGAACACAUUCUGCUCGUUUGAUUCUUGAUCAUUUGGCUGCUCUACAAGAAAAGUGGGUAUACUUGUGGGACACUAAUAACAACGCAUUGGAGAUUGCUUUUCUUUGCAACUUGGAGAGUAAGAGUGAUGGUCAACUGAAUACCAAUCUGAGGAGGUUCUUAAAGUCUAGUAGCUUGGACGUGUUCGUAUCACCGUAUCAACAUGAACCGCACAUUUCUGUGGCAUACAAGUAUAUGUUGUCCUCCGGGAAGUCUUUGCCGAUGGAGGAUUGUGACCUUUCCAUCUCUAAAGAGAAAGACCUUCACAUCUUCUUUGACUUCAUGUCCUACAAGAACGCAACUUCUCUUACUGGACUUAAGCUUGAUGUAUCAAAUCUCAAAGAAGAAUCAUAUCUGCGAUUCUUGGAAUGUCUGCAAUCGUUCAACCAUCUGUGUAGAUUGUCCGUGUCAGUCAAAGGAUCAACCAACAUCAGCAAGCUGGACAAAGCACCAGAAUCAUGUGUCUAUCCAACCAUUCGAAAUUUGACACUACAAAGCCAUUCCAUGGAUUCACUUGCUGAAUAUCUAGCAUUUACAUGUGAUCGAUUCCCGAAUGUUGAAGACCUGACAAUUGACAAGGCAUUGGUUGGAAUCUGGUCACAGAUGGAAAGGCAGAAUAGAUCCCUCGUAUUCCUGAAACGACUAACCAUCACCAGCUUAACAUGCGGGGAUCAGUCUAUGAGCGCCUUGUUCAACAAGAUUUCCCACACUUGUCCAAACCUCGAAGAAUUCAACGUGAGCGUUGGCGACAAAGAAGUUCAUCUAGAACUACAAGACAAAGUAAAGAAGAUGACACAGUUGGGAUGUUUAGGCUUAACCCUAAAACAUGUCGCUAAUCCGCUCUCCUCCAAUGAUCUGAUGACCUUUAUUGCAUCACAUGCGCCAUCACUGAAGGAACUCAGACUCGAUACUGGUGUAUCCUAUGGACCUGUCAGGACGACUGCGGGCGUCCCAAUGUCAGCAAUUAAUGACUCCGUUGAAUGUGCCACCCUAAGAAAUACCUGCAAGAAUGAGGAAGACCUUAUGCAAAUCCUGCUGUAUUUUCCGAAUGUCAAGUCUUUGAAAAUGACCUCCUGUGAACCUUUCCGACAGUGCACCAGACAGAUUUCUACCGAGGUGCUUGUAAAACAUGUGGUGACUGAACUGGAAGUGAAUUGUUCUUCCAUGGACUUCACGAAUACCUUACCGAAUCACUUCGUGAUUACGAAUAGCCUUCAGAAUUCAGAACGUACCACCCUCUCCUUCCUUUCAUCAUUUCAGAGUUUAACAUCGCUCUCUCUUGUCAAUCUGCCAUUCCGGACACUAAAUCUAGGAGGAUGUCCAAACAUGCCGAAUGUUCGCCACCUCCAGCUUCAUGGAUUCUUCCUGCAAUGCGCCAGAGGUCUUCGCCCUUUCUUCAACAGUUUGCCAAACCUAGUGUCAUGUCAAGUACCGUUCUCUGUCAACGAUGACAUCAUUGGGGACUUGAGCGAGUCCCUCCGCGAAAGAAACAAUCUUCGGCUUCUUGUCGUAGGUAUGGACGCUGGUAUCAAGGAGAAUGUUGGCAAGAUGGUCGAAGCGAUCGCCAGCCUCCCAUCUCUUGAACACCUCGUCUUCCAUAUCAAUUCGUUACACGACACGUUGCUUCACACGCUAGCCCUGGCCCUGCCUGUCUGGACCAAGCUGAUUUUCCUUGGGAUACACCCAUACCAGAUGAGGGAUCAGACUGAACCCGUCGGGUUUGAAGCCAUGUGUCCCUUUGCCGAUGCUUGUGUGAUCCACGAUCAACUGUCAACCGUUGACCUUUCCUUGUUGCAGCUCACCAAAGAGACCGCACUGAAGGCCCUUGGGACAGCUUCUUCGGCAUUCGGUUCACCUGGACAGCUUUCGUUGAGGUUAACAGGUCCUCACUUACCAUGUGAUUGGGAGGUGUACACUGCAGUAGACACGGGCAGAGACGCUGGCUAUGUUACGUUGGUUCCACCUGAUACAAAGAUGAGGUAUGGAGAGUUUCAUGGAGGAGCCGGACCAAAGGUGGGCAUGAAUCUUUGCGGAGUUUCUCUUCAAACAAAUGCUAAAGACGUCAUGUACUGGCAGUCCAUUGGAUGUCCCGAUAUCGACGCCAUCUUCGGUGACCACGAUGACGUCAUCAAGGACGACGUCAAAGACGACAUCAAUACCAGUAUACCAGAGCAAUAAACCAGCAGUUCUUUGCUAUGUGCAUUUCAUAGUUCAUAAUGACGUGAAGUGGUCUUGCUUUAAAGCCCGUCUGCACUACUUUGGCCAGGGGGUUCGACCUCCCUGCAUGGUCACUCACAGGUGGUUAUUUCAUCAGAUCAGCUCUCAAUAAUAAGAAAGGGGGCCAUGGGAGACCACCGAUUAGGCAUUAUUUGCUAUAUAGAGGGCGCAAGUAGUUAUAAAUAGUGCAGUGGGGCUUUAAUUGACUGAAAUCGUCCAUACUACAGUAGCUCAUUCUGGCCGAGCCUUGUACAACAUCAAGGAGCCAAGGAAACUGAGGGGUGAGGGACUGCUUUUGCUCCUUUUUGUUAAGUUUAUCUUCCAUGUACACUUUUGCAAUUUUGCGAUUUGUUAUAUUUUUCAGGAAUGCAAAAACAAUUUUUAUUGUAAAUU